AUGGUCCAAGAAGGGUGGCCAAAUCGAGCGCGACGUGACCAGAAAGGGCUCCCACUCGCUGAUUUUCACCGCCGAUCUCAACCACCAGGGUGUCUACAUCUGUUCGGCGAGAAACAAAAUCGGAGAAGCUCGUCGCCAAACGAUCUCAAAGUCUCCGCAAACGGCAAUCAGUUGCAAGGGGAAGGAGUGAAACCGUGGAUUCGGACCGAUUUCGGAUAUUUGCCUGUACAUCGGGGAAACUCCGUGAACAUCUCGUGUCGUUUUGACGGAAAUCCCCGCCGAAUCUCGAUUGGUACUUCAAUGGGUACAGGG